CUCAUGAGGACGCGAACAAAUCCCCGACCAGACCACCAAGAAGGUUCCAGAACCACGCGCGUCAUGGCUCACCUCAGAGACUCUCUCGUUUCUCAACUCAAAAAUGUCGACCCUUCGCUUUCCCUCCACGCGCGCCACUCCUCCCUCAUCGAACACCGCCUCCGCGACCUUUUUCCCGCGUUCAUCACCCCCACGCACCCUCCUUAUGCCUUGAUGAUACGUAGUGCGAUAUUAGGGUUAGAGGAUGAGGCGGGGUCGACGGAAGAAGCGAUAUCGGAGUUCAUUAAGAAGGAGUACAGUGAUUUACCGUGGGCUCAUGACAGGAUUCUAGGUCUGCAAUUGGAGAAGCUUUGUGAGAUAGGGGAGAUUGCCCGCGUUUCCGGUUGGAGGUAUGUGCUAAAGGCUGAGGAUGAAGUGAAGGAACAAUGUGAGGGUAGCGAGAAGAAGAAGAGGGGCAAACGGAGAAGUAAUAAACGUGGCGAGGCAGAGAGUGCUGAAGAAGAAUGCAAAAAGGGACGGGUACUAGAGCUUGGAAAACAAAGUCAACAACACCAGGAAGUAGAACCGCAAAGGGGUUUUGUAGAGUCAAAAAAUCAGGUGAUGCAACAUUUGGUAAAAUCUUGA